CUCCCCCCCCCCCCCCCUCCGCUGCAAAUCAUGACUCUCUCUCUCCUCCUCCAACGCCACCCAUGAAGAAACCAAAAGAAAAGGAAAAUCAAAAUCCCUUCUCUCCUUUCCCUUUCCUUUUUCUUUCCCUUUCCCUGCUUCUACCGCACUACUAAAACCAAACCACCAAUACUGUUGGUGCUAAUACAUGUAUUAAUACACCAAGAAUCUUUUACAGUCUCUGACUUGACCACCUUUUCGUAGCCCAGCCCAUGCUUUCUCUAUUUUUCAUCAUCCAAUCCCACCACCGACCUCUUGGCCCAUCAUCCCCACCUCCUCUAUUCUAGGGUUUUCCUUUUUUUUUUUUUUUUUUUUUUCUUUCUUUCUACUUUCUCUCCCUCUUUUUUUUCGCUUAUUAUCGAUUCUUUAGGGCUUAUUACCUCCAUCACUGUGCUUUCCGAUCUCUUCCUUCUCAUUCACGAUUAGCUCCCCCACCCCCUCUGUUUCUUGGAUUCCCUUUCCAAAUUCUAUAUGGAUAUCCAGGAUAUCUCGUCGUCAAAAUCUAGGGUUUUUCUAGGGUUUUUCCUUUAAUAUGCUGCUUUCUGGUUAUUGGGUCGACUUUAGUAUCUCCAAUUUGAUCGUAUUUUUUCGAGAAUCUUGGGCUUUUUCUAUCUGAACUUCAAUUGGGUUUUUUCUUUCAUCACUUGAAAAUUGUCAUUCAUGGCGUACCAGUCGAUUCCGGGUCCGGGUUCGGGAUCGAGUUCUGGUUCUGGGUUUCAGUUCUUGAAUUCCCCUUUUGGUGAUACGACCUAUACCAAGGUCUUUGUCGGGGGACUGGCCUGGGAGACACAGAGCGAGACUAUGCGACGCUACUUCGAGCAGUUCGGUGAAAUUCUAGAAGCCGUCGUGAUCACUGACAAGAAUACUGGUCGAUCAAAAGGCUAUGGUUUUGUGACUUUUCGCGACCCUGAGGCUGCUAGGCGAGCCUGUGCUGAUCCAACUCCAAUUAUUGAUGGCAGGCGGGCAAAUUGUAAUUUGGCUUCGGUUGGGCGACCCCGGCCUUCUAUGCCUUAUGGACGUCUAAGACCAGCAGCCCCAUACGUUGGAAGUUUGCAAGCCACCCGGGGGGCUUACAUGGGAAGUUUUGGCUACCAGCAACCAGUUUCUUACAACUACCAACAAGGAUUGAUGUAUCCUCCUUAUGGGUAUCAAGCAUAUGGGCCUGAAUAUGUCUAUCCACAGGGUGUUUACAACCCUUAUGCAGGUCAGCAAUACUAUCAGAUUUAUGGAGUACCUGGGACAGUUAACACUGCUGUUUAUCCUUAUGGACAUCUGGGUCAAACUAUUCCUGGUGGUCAUGGUUAUGCGGCAGUGCCCAGUUAUGCUAUGCCGGGUCAUCAGAUAGUACAGUUUGGUGGACCUAGUGUUAAUGCAAUAACAACUUCACCUAUGCCUACAAUUCAAUCACCAUAUCCUACAGGUAUGGCAGCACCUGUUGCAGCACCACAGUUUAUGGUUCCUGCUCCUUCUCCUCAGUAUAUGCAAGGUAGCGGUUCUGACCAAACAGGGUGAGGGGUUGAUCAAGGUAUCCUUAGAUUGCAGCAGGACUAAGAGCAGCGGAACUGCUACUUGAGUGGCGGGCUUCGGAUCUAGCCUUGCAAAUUAUAUAUUUUGCAUUCUAGAGGUCGUACGUAGUCAUUCUCACCAGAGAAGUCAAAUCAAAUGUCUGAGUCGCUCCAGAUGGAGGAGAAGGGAUAUGGAAGAUGCGGGCUGCUCUUCCUUUAGGACCUUUACCCUAGUGUAUCUAAACCCUCGUAUAAUGCCUCUGCUCAGGAUGAGUAGCAGGCAGCCAUGGAUUGAUGGGUGCUGGAAUCGGUUUCUAGCAGCCAUGUAGGAAUAAAACAGUGUAAAAAUCAUCACUUAGAAUCAACAUAUGAUUCUUUUGUAGUCUAGCCCCUGCAUUUUGGGUGUAUAGAUAGUCUCUGGUGGUCUGUGUGGUGUUGGGUCCAUUGUAUUUAAAUGCGAUUUGAGUUCUGUGCAUAUUAGUGCUAGGAUUUUUAUUUUUUUUGUCAAAAAUUCAACUCCUGCAUCUUGGACGAUUUUUAGAACCUGGCUUCAAAACAUGGAGACGCAGGUACAUAUCCUAUUUGAGAACAAUUUUUGUGUGUACUAAUAUUCCUUCAGAUUUGAAGGCGUGUCUUCCAGCAGGUAGGCAACUAUACAAGAUCCUCAAUAUAGGUUGGAUUAUUGGUCAUUAAA